AUGAAGUACAUCUACUCGGGACAGGUGGAGUUCAAUCCCGAUACCGUUGUCGAGCUCAUGGCCGCUGCCAACCAAUAUCAGCUGGUGCAGCUGAAAAGGCGAUGCGAAAAGUACAUCAUCCAAGCCAUCGAUGAAGACAACGUUGAGAGCCUGCGUGAGGCAGGCGAAUUGUAUGGGGCCCCACUGUUGGUGUCGUGCUGCAAACGCUUCGUGUCUGCCCUGGUUUCCCCGACUCUCAAGCAGCAACCCGGACCUGCGCAGCCAAACUCGCCGCCUGCCGCCGGACCUGAAACCAAGCGGCCCAGAAAGGAGGAUCGUGAUGACGGUGAUGCCCGUAAGUCGUCUGGUUGGAAGAAAUACUUCUUCUGA